CUUUACUACUCUACUACUCCCACUAUCGUACAUCGAAAGGUGUGGCAAGGAUUAUAACAUCUAUAGUUCGGUAUACAAUACACUGUGUGUUUAGUUAUUUGUUUAAACUUAAAAUAAAAUUUUAUUUGAACAUAUUUUUUUAAUGCCGCAAGUAUCGAAUUCUCGCCAUGUACCAGUAUAGAAUCAUAAUAUUCCUCGUCAAUUGUGCAAAUCAGUUAUGUAUGUGUACAAAUAAAUUACCUAACGAUAUAGUCCUCCCUUCUCAGCUACAAAUGUCACAUGUAUGAGAGUUCAUUGAAAACGAUGCAUUAUGCAAGUUAGAUCCUGACUUUCACAAUGAGUAUUUUCGUUUCUCACUGACCUUGGCGAUUUUGCCUCAAGUCAGUUAGUGAAGGACAGCCGGAAAAGGUUAAAUAGCAAUAUAUUCUACAGACCACCAGUUAGACAGCAUUUACAGGUCAGCGCUGCAAGUUUGAAGAUCGCUGACGCUGUCAACAAUUUUGUGUCACAGGUAGGACCAUAUUUACUGGCCAGAUUGUAGUUGAGUCAGGCCGUACUUCACUGGCGGCAACUUCGGCGUACUUAAGGCGUAGUUUUUCAAAGUACGGCGUAGUUUUGCAAAGUUCGGCGUAGUUGGCCGAAGUACGGCGUAGUUGAGUUUUGACCGGAAUAGAAAACCAUAAUCGUACGACCAAUGAUCGCGCAGUGUGAGUAGAGAGAUGUUUCGUCAUGUCAAACAUAUUUUCUGCCCACAGGCAGGAAACAACUCUCUGACUAGUAAACAAAAGGAGAAGCUCUUUGGGAACACAUACUCCGUAGACCAACUCUUCGAUCAAAUGGACGCUAACAAAGAUGGAGAGCUGACCUUCCAGGAGGUUCAUGAGUUCUUCACCAACAGAGGUUUCAGAUGGAUGACCCGGAGUAUGGAAGAGAAGAGGCAGCGAGUCUCCGGUCUCAAGGAAUACACCCUGAAGUACAUGGAUAUCCUCGGAGUUCUCGGGAAGAAAGUGUACAACAAGGUACGCAGAGAAAACUAGGCAAUUAACAGUCUAAAAUCCUUGGAAUAAAUCAUUAUACGAAUUGUACGAACGAACACUGUAAGUAGCUGGUUUGCUUUGAAUCUGUCAUUGCCUGAAAUGUUUUGGGCUGAUGCAUGGAUGGAUGCAAACAUUCAGCAUUGUGUGUUGUUGUUCCUUUAUGAUUGCAAUCAAUGACAAUGUUGGAUAACCUUUUAAAAUUUCUAAUAACUAGACCGCAGCAUGUCCGUGAUAAAAGAUACAAAAACCGGACCUUCUGCUGCAAUACCAUGGUCAGCCACCUGGAGGACUUAA